AAUGAGAUUUCAGCUGCUCUUUCUUCUAUUCCUUUUUUUCACGAUGGGUAUACUCCUUAUCAAUGGACAAAGGCCAGGUAACCUGGCAUUGAGGAGAAAACUGCAUAGACACAGCUGUCUCCAAAGGAGAUGCAUGCCCCUCCAUUCCCGGGUGCCCUUCCCCUGA